UUGUCGCAAGUACAAAUUGAUAGAUUGUAUCAUAAAGGUAAAGAAGCCUUGGAAGCCGAUAAUACUGUUUAUUAUGAAGAAUUCUCAAAAUCAUCAUCACAGAAAAAGUUCUUGUCACAAAUUUUAUCAGAUGGUACAUUAAACGAUAAAAUUUCUGCAUUAACACUUUUAAUUCAAGAAGCUCCAUUACACAACACAAAAUCAUUAGACACUUUAUUGAAUUUUUGUUCUAAAAAAUCAAGAAAUUCUGCUUUACAAUCAUUAAAUGCCUUGAAGGAUUUAUUCAUUAAUGGUUUAUUACCAGAUAGAAAGCUCAGAUAUUUCAAAAACCAACCACUAAAUAACAUGUUGACUAAAAAACAAUUGGCUUUAUUCUAUUUUGAAGACUAUUUAAAACAAUAUUUUUUCAAAGUGAUUCAGAUUUUGGAAAGAUUAUCUCAUGAUCCAAUUAUCCACGUUAGAAUGAAUGUUGUUAGUCAUAUCUUUGAUUUGUUGAAAUCUAAACCAGAACAAGAAGUCAAUUUGUUAAGAUUAGGUUGUAACAAGAUUGGUGAUAUUGACAAUAAAGUCAGUUCCAAGACUUCAUACCAAAUUUUACAAUUAGAACAAGCUCAUCCAAAUAUGAAGAAAAUUGUGAUUGAUGCUAUUGUUGAUAAUGUUUUCAAAGUCAACAGUGAUUACCAUACCAAAUAUUAUUCAGUUUUAACAUUGAAUCAAACUAUUUUAACAAGACGUGAAGAUGAAACUGCUAAUGUUUUGGUGAAGACAUAUUUUGCAUUAUUUGAAAAAUUAUUGAUAGAAUCUGAUCCAAAUAACGUUGAUACUGAACCAUCAAAAGACGCUAAAGCCAACAAUUUCAAAAACAGAAAGAAAAACUUCAAGAAGGGUAAAAAAGGUGGUAAAUCUGUCAAGAAUGAUAAAUCUGAACAAGAAGUUUUAGAAGAGAAAAACUCAAAAUUAUUUUCAGCUUUAUUAACCGGUCUAAACCGUGCUUUCCCAUUUUCAAACUUACCAACUGAUGUGUUCAAUAAACAUUUGGAAACUUUAUACAAAAUCACACAUUCCUCAAACUUCAAUACUUCUGUUCAAGCUUUAGUUUUAAUCUCACAAAUUGUUAAAAAUCAAAAUUUGAAUUCAGAUCGUUAUUACAGAACAUUAUAUGAAAGUUUGUUCGAUACCAGAUUAGUAACAUCCUCCAAACAAGGUAUUUACUUGAAUUUAUUGUUCAAAUCUUUGAAACAAGAUGCAAAUAUCCCAAGAGUCAUGGCAUUUGUUAAAAGAAUUGUUCAAAUUUGUUACAAUUGGAUAAAUAUUGGUUCUGUUGCUGGUAUGUUUUAUUUAUUAAUGGAAUUAGAAAAAUCAAUCCCUCAAAUUAGAAAUUUAGCUAUUAAUACCCCAGUUGAUCAUAAAUAUGUUGAAGAUGAUGAUUCUGAAGAAGAAAAUUUCAAAGAUGUUGAUUCUGAAAAUGAAGAUUCAGUCAAGAAAGUUGAACCAAAGAAGAAACAAAUUGCUGAAUAUGAUGGUCGUAAACGUGAUCCUAAAUUUGCUAAUGCUUCUAAUUCAUCUUUAUGGGAAAUUAAUGAGUUUUUGAAUCAUUAUCAUCCAACUGUUCAAUUAUAUGCUGAAAGUUUCUUGAAUCAACAAAAGCAAGUCAAACCAGAUCUUGGUUUAUUCACAUUGAGUCAUUUCUUGGAUAGAUUUGUCUAUCGUAACGCUAAACAAAAACCAACAACUAAAGGUUCGUCCAUUAUGCAACCUCUUGGUGGUUCUCAUACUGGUUCAUUAUUAGUCAAAUCUACCAACAAAAUUAAUCCAGAAAUUCCAGUUAAUACAGAAGAUUGGUUAAACAAAAAAGUUGAAGAUGUCAGACCUGAUGAAAAAUUCUUCCAUCAAUAUUUCACUACUAAAGAAAAAGAUCCAUCUAAAUUGAACAAUGGUGAAAUUCCAGAUGAAGAAUUUGAAGAUGAAAGUGAUUUAGAUGAUGAAGAAGUUUGGAAUGCAUUAGUUCAAUCUCAACCAGAAAUUGAAGGUGGUGAAGAAUCAGAUAUUGAAGACUUUAGUGAUCUUGAUGCUGAUGAUUUCAGUGAUCUAGAAGAUGAUGAUG